AGGUUGAUUUUACACCCUCGAUUGAGUGGUGUUGUUAGCUCCUAUCUUGUCUGCUACUGCCUCCUCUGUCGCCCACCAAGAACCUAGAAUCUACUACCACCACCACGACGACGACUACUACGUUAACGAUAACAAUUGCUUGCUUUACCUGUUAGAAAUGAACCCUGAACACCACCAUAACGAUCUCGGCUAUAAGAAUACCUCCACUAGCUCUGGAUGGUCCCAUCUAGUGCCUAACGUCGUCAACUGCCUAUCUCGAGAUUAUUACUAUAAUAAAAAGAGCGCAUCUGAUACCCCACAGGACCGCCGAGUGGAGAGGAAGACGCCAUCGGCGGGGAUUGAAGUCCUAAAGACUACUGUGAGUGCGGCUGAGCAGCGGAUGGAAGAUCGGCAACGAGCAGAGGACUUCCUUCUCUUCAUGGAUAAGGCGGAGGCCCCACAGUUAGCGCCCUCUCCUCUUCUGUCGCAGUCAACGCUAACUACGGUGACGUAUUCAGCUGAGACCUAUCAUAACGAUGAGGAAAAACCAUGCCUUACUAAGAAGGAGAGAAAGCCACAACUGCCUUUGCCGUCCCCAGCUCCUCUUCCACCGAGUCGAUCGGCGAUACCUCGCGCCUUCAAGGAGAGGAGUCUCGAUGUUGGAGAGAGGCAGCCUGUUGUUGUUGGCCCCCUUGUUACUGUUUGUUCUGAUGAGGGUGAUGACGUUAUCGGUCAAACGCUAUGUGCGAUCCCUCCCUUUUUGAAAGGCCAUUCUGUUGCUAUCCGAAUCACAGUGGACGACUUCACCAAGAUAAACAGAGGAAAGGAUACUCCGUUGAGUAUCUGUGUCGGUCUCACUACAGGACCUCAGCUUUACCGAGAACGGGGCAUGGUGGUAAGCUUCUGCUCCUCUCAUAGCGAGAUCAAACAUACGCGUCCGAGAGAGGUAUCUGCCAAUACCGUGAAUCCCCAGUCUCUCGAACUUGAAGCCGCAGUCAUUAGCGAAUCUCGGGUACGGUUCCAUGGAGAACGACAUUUCUGGAUCAUAUGGGGGGAGGGCCUGCUUUUCGCUGUAGGGCUGGCUGGGUCUCGGCGAGAAGUCGGUUCACGUCUGCUGUUGGCGGCUGAUACUGCUAGCUCUGAGUACACGUUUGGAUUCAAUGAGCACGUGUCGGAACUCAUCUGUUCGAUCAUAGAGUACGAUGUGGUGGACAGCUUUGGGCGCUGCGUCUGUCAACAUCAACGCUCUCAUGCUAAUACUGACAUCCUCAUGAAGGCCUUCAUGACACUCAUUCACAACUGCCUACUCUACUGCAGCUCCCAUCAUCAACAACUUCGUCAGCACUUAGCCAUCAAGUCCAAUAUUAUCCCAGAUAUCCUCUUGCCUUACAUAGAGAACAUCCUCCCAGUCUUCAUGGAGGCCGACUCAAGCGUCGGCGUCAAGUCGAUCGAGUGGGCUAAUCUUACUUCGGCAUUGCAGACGCUAGCCAUCGCUACCUUCAACGUGAAGACCUUCCGCAAACCAGUAUGUAGGUUACAACGUUCGGAGCUCCUCAGUCGUGUUGCAAGCCUGAAGCAGUUGAAAGAAGCUCCUGUGACGCUUGUCAUCCUGAUGAAGGUCGCGAUAAACUGCAACUAUGGCGCAUCACAGCACUGGGAUGCGUUCGCUGAGGCUAGUCGAGCCGCUUAUGAUGGAAUGGACGAGACCUCACCCAUCGACUGGGAUGUUCCUGAGGACCAGGCUCGUGAUGGUCAGAAAGGUAAGGGUGCAUGGUUGAUCAAGGUCCGACGCCCGCGUGGCGACUACAAGUCGCGGAGGAGGAAUCGGCGCCGAUGGAAGCGCGGGAAUCCAUUCAAGCGAGUGAGCCGAGUACCGGACAUGGAUGAUAUGGAUGAUGAGGAGGAAGGCCAGCAGGCAGGAGCUCAGCAGGAUGCCACACGACCUGAUGAAGGAGGUGAUGGUGAACAGGCCAUGAUCUAUAACAGUGAGAAGAUGCUCGUGUAUGAUACUCGCAUUAAGUGCGCAGGACUGGUUGGACUCGGAUGCCAGGCAGAGGCCCUCGCUGACUUCGCUAAAGAGGAGGAUGAAGGAGCCCCGAAGGCCACCACCGAGAUCAAUCAGGAGGAGACGCUUGAGGAGACCAAUCACAGCCUUUUGGGGGACCUUCCAGAGAUCCGCAAGGAGAAACAAGGAAGCCCGACGAGCCCGAGCAAGCCUAAGCACGCCGUGCGGAUUCGGCGUACGAGUCAGAUGCUGGUCAACGCCCCAGCCGAGCUGAAGUGUGCUCUCGAUGGAAAAAUAAUGACCAACCCCAUAAGGUCACCCUAUGGCCACGUUUUCGAGAAGAAAACUCUCGAAAAGUGGUUUGACUCGUGUGGUGAGGUAUGUCCCAUCACAGAGAAAGCACUGAGCAUAGAUGACUGCCAAACUGCACACGAUAUUAAGAAGGCCAUAGUUCGUUAUGUGAAGGAGAAGGAAGAGGCUAAUCUACAAAACGUGGCAUGA